AUGGAGGAGGAGGAGGAGGAGGAGGUAGAGAGGAAAGAGGAGGAGGAUGACGACCUCCUGGAGACCCAAGAGGAUGACAGGAAAAGGGCCCCUCCUAGCCACAGGGAAGCACCAUCACCAUCAAGGUCCCUGGAGACCCAGGGAGAUCUCACUUCCUGGAAGUGACAUCCUGGACCUUCCCUGGAGGGACAUCUCCACUCCCACCACUCCAAAAACACCUGGAGUGAGGAGGCCCAGGUGUCUCUGAUGACCUCCUUCUCUGAAGGCCAUGCAGUCACCGGCUCACACAGCCCUGUUGGAGGUGUCCUGCCUCCUGGGCUGCCUGACCCAGGUGCAGUAGUGCUCUCUCACCCAGGCCGCUCCUGGCUACUAGAGAAGUGGGCCACGGGACUGCUGCAGGGAGGCCAUCGGUCCAGCUCUCCAGGCCUGCUCCAGGCGCUGAUGUCGGGGAAGGAGAUGCAGGGUGAAGAGACUGCACAGGUGACACCCAGGAGCUCUUCUCCACCCAGAGCUGCCAGGAAUAGGCCCUGCAAAAGAAAAAUGUCCCUAUCACUGCUGUUACCACUGUUGUGGGACAGAGGCGAGCUGCCCCCACCUCCGAAGCUUCCCUGUAUAGCUGCUGAGGAAGAUCGAGGCACCUCGGAGGAGCGCAUUGCAUGUCAAAGAAAGACCAAGAUCUUGCAGGAGAAAACAGAGGCUCUGGGGGAGAAGACAGAGGGCCCCGUUCUUCUUCCCUCCCCUGACUUGGCCGACCUGGCUGCUGGACCUCUGAUCCUGCGUGUCCCUCCACCUUCCUCCACAACGUUCACAGUCCCUAGCUCUCCUCUGCCUGUUCCUGAGAACUUUUUCCUCCCUUUAGGGCCAGUUUCACUAAAUCCCGUUUUUAUCAUGGGCACGUUUACCCCUUUGGCAGCAGCCAUGUCUACCACCAGGGCCAAUACAUCUGCCCACUUGACCCAGCAGCCUACUUUGGACCCUGAGGAUGGAAAGGGACACCACUCCCCAUCUAUGGCUGCUAUUUUCAGCUUUCCUGCAAGUUCUAGCGUGAGCUCUCCUCCACGUUCCCAAACCUGCGCUGCAGAACAGAGGCGCCCUGCAGAGACCAGAGUCCCCAUCAGUCCAUCUGCACUUACGGGUGUCCUGGUGGCAUUUAUGAGCCUCUCCAUCACGGUUCCUCCAGUUUCCUCCACUCUGGUUGGCAGGGCCCCUGCAAUAGCAUUACCUGCGCCUGCCUUUGACACCAGUGCUGUGGAUACCACCCCUCUUUCCAAGGCUGUCAUCUUUCGGUGUCCUGUCUCCAGGAAGAAUGAUAUCCCUUUUUACACGGGGCUUCCUGGAAACACACUGCCCAGUGGCAGCAUUGCCUCAGUGCAAGUCUCCAAUGGCAUGGGCAUGCCUGGACAACAAGACAUCUGGCUUGGAGUUGCCACCAGGAUGCCUGGCACUGGGGACAGUACUGCAUUGUUGGCCAGCACCAGUCCAGGCCAACUGGUGUUGAUGAGACCUGCAGCCCCUGUGAGUGGUGGGAGCUUUGGACUCCAUGUGUCCGCCCCAGGCCCCUGCUAUGUGCAGGACUCCACUGUACCUCCAGAAUCUUCGUCAUGGGCGUUCAUUGCACAAAAUAAGGAUUCACGGCAGUGGCAAUGUAAAGCGGCUGCCUCCAAAAUCCAACCUUUACCUCCCGUUAAGCAUUCCAAGCUGGAAGAAGGAAGCCCCCAGGAUCUUGUCCCGGCGUCCAUCCUGACAGGGCCUGUGUUUGGACUGGUCAGUGCCUGCAAGCACCAGUAA